UGAUGGACAGGGAUAGCAGCAUCAAGCGAAAGCUGCCAUUAAACGUCAGAGUAGACCUUCUAUUAUAGAACAUCGGCCAUCUUUUCAGUUCUACAUACACUGUGAACUAUGGCAGCCAAUAACUAUUUUGGUUUUACACAUAGUGGAACUCAAUAUGCUCCAACGGGGGCGACUCCGUACCAGACAACGCAGCCGGGCUAUGCGGCGAUGGCCCCUUCUGCGGCUGCGGCGAGUUACCCACAGCGUGCGGCUCCAGCUGCUGCAUACGAGACCGCAUAUCCUGCGGCUGCGGCCGCUUCACACGCUCAGUCUGCGCCCUAUGCCGUGCAAGCCGGCACGACAGCUCCAAGCACUGGAUACGACUAUGCCGGGUAUGCGGUGGCCCGCACGACCCAGCCGGCCUACGACCAGGUCACGGCCAAGACCUAUUACCAGCAGCAAGCCACUGCUACGGCGGCCACCUAUGCUAGCACCGACUACACAGGAAGCGGUGGAGGUGCCAAGCCACCAGUGCCGUACAGUGGCGGUAGCUAUGCGGGGGCGGGACGCGGUGGAGCCGCCUCACAGAAGCCGGCAGCGGUUUAUGUGGCGGCCGGAAACAGUCAGCCGCCCAACGGCGCGGCCACCCAAGGCGCCUAUGCUGCCACCGCUUACGGCCAGCAACAGCAGUCUCAGCAGUCGGCAAAAGUCAGUACUUAUUCACGAUAAUUCCAGAAUCACAUGUUUUUAGUAUAAGGCAGGAAAAGAUGUGUACUAUGAUUGUAUAGUGUAGGCCUAUAGUGUAUUGUAUGCUUAGUUUAAGGCAGAAAAAUAUAGUGUACUAUGAUUGUAUAGUGUAGCCUAUUUUAAUAUAAUAAAAUGGUACAUAUUUAACGCCCGUACUCGAUACGGUAA